AAGCGUGGGUCGCGGGGAGCAGAGCCAGCGCGGCGGGGCGAGCUCACGCGGCAGGCCGAGGCGUGCCCUUUCCGAGGCGGCGAGCGGAGGCCGUCACAGUCCCCGCCGGGUCCCGGGCCCCGCGGCCCAUGCCGGGGGCGGAGCCAGGGCGGAGGGCGGCGGCGCGGCCGGCCCCGCGCGGUGAUUGGCAGGCGGCCGGCGGUGGCUGAGGUUCUGGCGGCCGCGCGGGCGAGGCGGGCGGAGUUGCGGCUGGCGAGCCAAGAGGAUGCUGCUGUCCCUGGUGCUCCACACGUACUCCAUGCGCUACCUGCUCCCGGGCGUCGUGUUGCUGGGCUCGGCGCCCACCUACCUGCUGGCCUGGACGCUGUGGCGGGUGCUGUCCGCGCUGCUGCCCGCCCGCCUGUACCAGCGCGUGGACGACCGGCUCUACUGCGUCUACCAGAACAUGGUGCUCUUCUUCUUCGAGAACUACACCGGGGUCCAGAUACUGCUAUAUGGAGAUUUGCCAAAAAAUAAGGAAAAUGUAAUAUAUUUAGCAAAUCAUCAAAGUACAGUUGACUGGAUUGUGGCAGACAUGCUGGCCGCCCGACAGGAUGCACUUGGACAUGUGCGAUACGUGCUGAAAGACAAGUUGAAAUGGCUUCCAUUGUAUGGGUUCUACUUUGCUCAGCAUGGAGGAAUUUAUGUGAAACGAAGUGCCAAAUUUAAUGAAAAAGAAAUGAGAAACAAGCUGCAGAGCUACGUGAACGCAGGAACACCAAUGUAUCUUGUGAUUUUCCCAGAGGGAACAAGGUAUAAUCCAAUGCAGACAAAACUCCUCUCAGCCAGUCAGGCAUUUGCUGCUCAACGGGGCCUUCCAGUAUUAAAACAUGUGCUGACACCAAGAAUAAAGGCAACUCACGUUGCUUUUGAUUCUAUGAAGAAUCAUUUAGAUGCAAUUUACGAUGUCACAGUGGUUUACGAAAGCAAUGAAAAAGAGUCAGGAAAAUACUCAAACCCACCAUCCAUGACUGAGUUUCUCUGCAGACAGUGCCCAAAACUUCAUAUUCACUUUGAUCGCAUAGACAGAAGAGAAGUUCCAGAGGAGCAAGAGCACAUGAAAAAGUGGCUUCAUGAGCGUUUUGAGAUAAAAGAUAAGUUGCUCAUAGAAUUCUAUGAUUCACCAGAUCCGGAAAGAAGAAACAAAUUUCCUGGGAAAAGUGUUCAUUCCAGACUAAGUGUCAAGAAGACUUUACCAUCAGUGUUGAUCUUGGGGAGUUUGACUGCAGUCAUGCUCAUGAUGGAGUCCGGAAGGAAACUGUAUGUGGGCACCUGGUUGUACGGAACCAUCCUUGGCUGCCUAUGGUUUGUUAUCAAAGCAUAAGCAAGUAGCAGCCUGGCGGCAACAUAUCACAUCACAUUGUUUCCUGAAUUAAAUAAGAAGUUUUUUAAAAGCCUUGUUGAUUGGACACUGGGUAAAAUAGAAUUUGUGAUCAUAGCCAUGCAGUUGAUUUGGGGCAAACACACAUGGCUUUUCAGGUGCUGGGGUUGCUGAAGACAUGCAAGCUAAGAGGAGUUUAUUCUGUCUUUUAUGUUCUUUGUGAAUUAACGUCAACUUGUGAAGAUUAUUUGGAUUGUAUAAUUUGAUAGUUUGUAAUUCAGAUGGUUGUAUUUUAACAUUAGUUUGCAGCAUGUUUCACUAUAUUGGUUAUCUUCCAUUUUGACUACUUGGCAGCUCAAACUUAAAAUACUAAAGUAUUUUAUACUUUGAAGCUAUACGAUACUGGAUUUUUGUAAUUUCUGCAAGUCAAUGAAAGACAUUGUCUCAUUGUCUUUCACAAGUCAAUGAUGUGUUGAUAUUCAAAGAAAAAGGUGAGAAGUAUUCAUGGCAAAAAAAUAUCUGUCUAGUGUAUAUUUUUAUUAUACUGCUCUAUUUAGCUAAUUUUCUUUAUAUUUGCAAAAUAAUGAAUAUUUCUAAUAUUUAUUUUAAAAUGCUUAAUUUGCAUACCCCUAUUCUGCAGAGAAUAAUGGGUAACAUGUCAGGAAGGAGUUGAAGCUCUGCUCUGCCUCUGUCCCACUUGGUAGAGCUUUAAGCAGCUUCCGAGCUACUGUUAGUACCUCCCAGCACCUGUGCCAUUAAGUGUUAUAGACGUAAGGGUCCCUGUUACCCGCAUGUCGGUGGACGUCUGCAGGCACCCCGACUAUCUGUCCUCGCACAUGCCUUCUGCCUGGCUCCCUUUGUUUUGGCACUGCAUCUGGUCUGGAGUGUGUGCUUAUGGCUGCUUGCUCCUUGUUCUAGCCCUGGUUCUCUGGCUUGGUGUCAUCCAGUGGUGCUGUUCAUUGUUGGGGUGCAGGUAGUGCUGCCUAGGCUCAGAGGGGCAUUUCUCUGACUCCUGAGGGUGAGCCUUCUCGGCCACUGUAGAAGCAUUUUGUGUUUGUUUAUGGCAAGAAGCAUCAGGAUUGGGUAAAUUUGUUAUUUCUUAGUUGUCCUGGAGUGACACUGUGGGUACAUAUCACCUGUGAACAAGAGCUUCCUUUCAGGACCAGAUUGCACUGUUCUCAACCGUGGAACAGUGUAUUCUGGGGAAGGAGGCUUUCUAAAGUUGAUUUGCUGUAUUUCUAUGUUGUAAUUUAAGUGGGAUUGCCCACUAGCCAUUUAGUAACAUUUCUGCAAAGGUCAUACAGAUAUUUGUCACAAGGUUACUAUAUCAAUGGUCUAGUUGAAAUAGACCAAUUGAAUCACAAUAAAUAAAUUCUUUUUAAAUUGAGGAAAAUUUUGCCUCUUACUGUUUUUCCAAAACCAGAAAAUGAGCCAUUUCAACAUCUUUGAAGAGUCAUGUGCUAUCACUUGGUUUCUCUGUGUUAGUAUGUAUAUUUAUAUAUUAAUAUGCAGAUUGACAUGUGUGCAUUUUCAUUUAUACAUACAUUCUCAGAAAACAGCUGCCUAAAAACAAAUCAUGUUACUGUGCUGAAUUUUAAUGUUUUAUUUUUUUACUUACAAAGUGAGGUUAAGAUUGAUCUCAUGCCUUUGUUAAAUACACUUUUUAGCAGUCCUAGACGAGCUUAUUUUGAUCAGAUCAAAGUAAGUAUAUGUUAUGAGACUUUAAACAUGGCUGAGGGCUGGAGGGACAGCUCAGCAUUUAAGAAUACAUGCUUCUUUUACAGAGGCUUCAGUUCCCAGCACCCAUAUGGAAGCUGACAGAAGCCUGUAAUUCAAGCUGCAUGGAAUUGGACACAUCCUCUGGCCUCCGUGGGCAGUCAUAUACACAAAGUAAAUCUUUAAAUAUCAUGGCUGCGCUGUGCAUUUAAAUUUUAAGAGACGGCACCAUUGGAAUUGCAUGGAUUAUAAGUGAUUCUUUUUAAACAGGGCAAAGUGGUCUGCGUCUGAUCUCUUGAGCAUUAGUAGUGUACUCACUCUCCUCACGAGCAGCCUCUCAAAUGUAGUAGUUGGAAAUGAAUUGUUUCAAAAUCUUUGAAACAUUAGAAGCAUCUCCUAAAUGUGUUAAUUUUUGACUUGACAUACUAUUUUCGGAAAAUUAACAGCCUACUUAUGACUCUUUUGACAUAAUAUAAAUUAAGGCUUUAUUUGUAUUACUGUUGAAUUGCAGCUUAGGGGCUACAGGAGUUUUCCUUCAUAAGAGCGCCAUCAGUGUGCAUGCUUUUGUGUUUUUCAGAAAGGGUGUUCGGAUGAAAGUAAGAAAACAAAUAAAAUCUCAUUGUCUCUCA